AUGAAGGAGUGGUUAUUGUUCAAGAAGUUGAUGCACAUGGAAACUGGAGUUGGUUGGAAUCCUACAAAUAAUUCACUUGAUGCUUCCGAUGAAUGGUGGGAGACAAAACUUAGGGAAAAUGGAGAGUAUGCCAAAUUUAGAAAUAAAGAUUUAUCACUCGUGUGGUUUCGGUAUGAUAAAUUAUUUUCUGAUGUUGCUGCCACAGGAGAAAGGGCAAGGGCACCAAGUCAACAAACUGUGCAUUGCAUUGAUGACAAUGAAGAGGUUAUGAAAGAAAAUGAUGAUUUUCCUGAUUUUGAAGGGCAUAUUGGCAUCGAUGAUAGUGAAUAUAACGAGGAUAGGGGAAUCGAGCAUGAUGUCAGCUUUGGAAUCAAAGAAAAAAGUAAUAUGGGUAAUGACAUUGUGUUUCCAUCUUUGUCAUCGUUGAAGAGAAAAUUUAAUGGAGAAUAUGGUAAAGAAAAGAAGAAAAUUUCUGGAGCAACCUCACUAAAGGAAGAUAUUCACUCUCUUUUAAAGUAUUUAGAAAAUAAGAGCACCGUAACUUCCGCACCUUCGACAGAGAAAGAUAUUGAAUCUGCAAUGGUGAUACUAAAGAAUAUUCCUGGAAUAGAGCAUAAAACUGAACUUUGGUGUUACGCUUGUAACUUGUCGAGCAAAAAAGAAAUGCGAGCAAUUUUUCUCAAUCAACCUGAUAAUGAUUGUCGUUUGGCGUGGUUAAAUUUAAUGGAGCCUUGGGAUGUUCGACACUGUGCUUUAACUGAUUCAAAUAUAUUUUGUGAGGAUGAACCAAUUGAAGAUGAAGAUGGAUUCCAAGAUGAUCCAGAAUGGCUGAUUGAUUGCAUCAGGGCAAUUGAUGGCACACAUGUUAAGGCGCGAUUACCACAAGGCAAAGCAAUCCCAUAUAUUGGACGCAAAGGAGUUGCUCAUGAUAAUAGAAUAUUUGGAGAAGCUAUUCGUAGGCCAGAAAUUAAUUUUCCUCAUCCAAAAGGAAAAAAAUAUUACUUGGUUGAUGCUGGAUAUUCACAUAUGCCAGGAUAUAUGGGUCCUUAUAAAGGUGAAAAUAUAAGGAAUUGUGUUGAACAAACAUUUGGAGUUUGGAAAGCAAGAUGGAAUAUUUUAGCUGAUAUGCCUUAUUAUCAUAUUGAUACACAAAGAGAAAUUGUGCUGGCAACAAUGCAAGUGUUUGAGCUGAUGAGAUUGAAGUUGGCAGUGGAGAUCGUGAAAGUUUACAAUUUGAAGACUGAAACACUCUAUUAUCCGAAGGCAACACAUGUGUCGAAAGCAACGCAAAUAAUUAAGCAUUUUGAGAAUGAAGUUCCACAGGAACCUACUACAUAUGGUUAA